GGGCUCACCUCUGCCACACACACACACACACGUGUACUGUGUUCAACACUAACGUGUCACUCUUAUUGUGCUGUCCUGUCUGAAAGAAAUCUGAAUGAGAAAGUUAGAGACGCUUGGCUUGUGAGAGCUGGUGGAGGAUUACCGCAAAGGAUGGAGUGAAAUGUGUGAAACGUGACGAAACACUGAGUGGAGGAAGAGGGGGUGGUGGAGGCGAUGGCUGUGCCAAGUCAGUGAUAGCUGGUGACGGAGGCGCCUCACAUAUGAGGCGUCAGCUGGCGGAGUAAAACACGUGUAUGGCGCCAACUGGUGAUGCUGGCACCACAUAGGUGCAAUACAUUAUUUGUUUACCUGCUGAGUAUUAAAAGCACAGGGCAGAGGAUGAAUCACACGGUGCUGGUGACGGGCGGCGCGGGGUUCGUUGGGUCACAUACAGUGGUGGAGCUGCUGCUGGCGGGUCAUCAAGUUGUAGUAGUGGACAACUGCGUCAAUAGUGCCGCGCCCCCUGCCAACAUCGCUCCCCUGCCCUCCGUCAACGGUGGGCAUGACAAGGACGACACUGUACCCUCUGUCAACGGCGGGCAUGACAAGGACGACACUGUACCUUUUGUCAACGGUGGGCAUGACAAGGGCGACACUGUACCCUCUGUCAACGGUGAGCAUGACAAGGGCUCUCCCGCCCUUCUGACCAGGAGAGGCGUGAAGCACCUGCCCCCGUCCCUAGCUCGCGUACACACUAUCACGGGGAAGGAGGUAACCGCCUUUUACACGGUGUCCCUCUUAGACCGCCCAGCACUGUCUCAAAUCUUCGUUAAGCAUAAGGUAGACGUGGUGAUCCACUUCGCGGCGCUGAAGGCUGUGGGUGAAUCAGUGGAGAUGCCGCUUACUUACUAUGUCAACAACGUCACGGGUACUCUUACACUGCUGGAGGUGAUGAGCGAGGCUGGGGUGAAGAAAAUCGUCUACUCUUCGUCCGCCACAGUCUAUGGGACCCCUCAGUACUUACCUACGGACGAGCGUCAUCCAACAGGCCAGGGCGUCACUAACCCCUACGGACACACCAAGCACUUCUGUGAGCAGAUUAUGAAGGACCUCGCCACAGCAGACAAGGAAUGGCAGGUGGUGCUACUGAGGUACUUCAACCCUGUCGGAGCCCACGAGUCUGGCAUGAUAGGUGAGGACCCCCGAGGACCUCCCAAUAACCUGCUGCCGUACAUAGCUCAGGUGGCUGUGGGCAAGAGGGAGAUAUUGAGUGUGUACGGUGAUGACUACGACACUGCAGAUGGCACAGGUGUGCGGGACUACAUACACGUGAUGGACCUCGCAGGGGGUCAUGUGGCGGCACUGGACAAGAUGUUCAGUGAGGACUUCAAGGGGUCUGUGGCAUACAACCUCGGCACAGGUCGUGGAGUGUCCGUCCUAGAGAUGGUCGACGCCUUCACCAGAGCGAGUAACAGAAAGAUCCCAUACAAGAUAGUGGGUCGUCGGGAAGGUGAUGUAGCGACCAUGGUAGCUUGUUGUGCCCUGGCCGAACUGCAGCUAGGAUGGCGAGCUACCAGAGACCUCAACCAGAUGUGUGCUGACGCUUGGCGAUGGCAGAGUCAAAAUCCAGAUGGUUAUGUAUAGCUGCCGUUCUGCCACUAUAGAGAAGAUGGACGAAGACGAACACACAGCAGAAGCACAAAUAUUUAUAAGCUGUGGCGGCUGCAGAAUGGUGACUGUGCAGAAGCAGUUGUAUAGUGACUGGCUGUGUCGAGAAGAACUGUGAUGGACUGGAACACUUGGUGCCUUGAGCCUACAGAAGUUAAUUGAUUCACUAUACUUAUAUAUCUGACCAAUGUUAAGAAUAAGAGAAUCUAUGGUUGUA